AUGUCAGCUCAGCUAAUAGAUCGUCCAAAAUCAGAAUUAUCGAGAGAAGAACUAAACCAACUUGAAGAAUUCGAAUUUAAACAUGGCCCUAUGUCUCUUAUAAAUGACUCGGUGAUAUCUAAAGUACCAGUAAUCAUUUCAUUAAGGAAUAAUCAUAAAAUUAUAGCUAGAGUAAAAGCAUUCGAUAGACAUUGUAAUAUGGUUUUAGAGAAUGUUAAAGAACUUUGGACUGAGAAGAAAGGGAAGCAAAUAAUAAACCGUGAAAGAUUCAUUAGUAAAUUGUUCCUUAGAGGGGAUUCAAUUAUCGUGAUACUAAAGGCACCGGUAGCAUAG